AAACAGCAGGUCUGGAAUAAGGAUAUCACGGGCCUAGAGAUUGGAUUCUAUCUUUUGGUUACAGCUGGGUAUUUGCAAAAGUUAAUAAACUUGGAUUCUUAUUCUGUGGUUGGUGUGCAUUUUAUUCCUGACUUAAGAGUAGUAAAUGUGGAGGCGCAGAAGCGGUAAAAUAACAAAUCAGGUUCUUUCAUCACUGAGUUGUGUUUCAAAAAGUUGAGAUGUAAAAAGCCAAAAUGGAUGGGCAGGUGGAAAUAUCUUUUGAUAUCUUGCGUGCAUGGGAGCUGACAAAUCUUUACGAAAAGGCUUAUUUCUUUUCCGUUCAUGUUUUGCUUCUUUUUCUUGGGAUUUAUUCGAUUCGGAAGCGUGCCUGCAACUCCAGGGCUAGGCCUUCAUCAACCACAGCAACUGGAUCUGGAGAUGAUCACGUUGCACGAAAAAGUGCAGGUAGUACUGACAAAAUCAAAAGUCAAGAUGGGAGGAAUUUCAUAUGGGCUAAUCAGCUUGCACUUUGGCUACUUAAAAAUAGCACAUCUUAUGUAAACAACACGUUUGAUGCUUGGAGAUCAAAGAUGAACGGACGGUUGCUAUCGACCUCUAUUGAUGCAAAGGUUCAUAUUGAAGAUAUAGACAAAGAAUCUUUAAGGUUUCAAGUAACAGGAAUCAAUUCAAAGCAGUCACUCAAAGAUGGUCAAAUGAAUAUUGCAGUUAUGCUUCAUGUUGAAGAAUUGAAAAUGCAAAUUCAGUACAUGUGUGCAGAUCAGCCAUUUUUGUCCACACAGCUGAAACUUCAGUCAAUUGCCUCUGUGCUUCACAUUAAACUGGUCAAUGUCAAUUCAAAGCCCAAGGUUUCACUUUGUCUUGAUGGAUUUUCAAUAAAUGACUGCAACAUUUCAAUAGAAAAGGAAGUCAAUGAAAAUGACAUGGCUAUUAUAAAAGACGCGUUUAAGAAAUCGUUGCAAAACAGUGUCAGUCUUGAUAUAACUAAGGGAAUUUUGAAAAAAGAGCUAAAAAUAGAGGCAAAAACCAAAGAAACACAAGCAGAGGAAGAUGAGAUUGACGAAACUCAAAGGCAUAUUUUCGUCACCGACUUAGACUCGGCCAUUGCAAAAGUUGCAUCUGAAGAAGCAAAUAUGAGACGGAUUGUGAUUUCAAAGCGAGAGUGUCGUGGGCCAAAAAUCAAAAUCCCCUCGCAACGUAUGAUUGCUACUCCAGAGAUCACAGUGCAGCCAGCAACACCUUUAAAUGAUGCAAUCGAUCAAGGCGUGUUUAUUCCUAAAAAUCCGAUAAAAGAUGACAUAGUACCAAGCUAUUUGUCACUUGGCGAGGGUGAAACUAAAUGCUUGGAAACGCCAGUGGAGAGUUUAAUGUCAGCAAAAACAGACAGCGAUGAAAGUGCAAUUAGCAAUGUUGUACAGGAGAAAAUUGAAGCUACAGAAAGCGACAACCAAGUUCUUGAUACCAUUGGCUCAGCUCCUGCAAUACUGGUGGAACAGCCACAAAAGACUGACGUCACCCCAUUGGAAGAAGUUGAAACUAAAGAAAUGCAAAAUAUACAGUCUACCUCUUUGGAGGAAAAACAAGAUGCGCCUUCACCGUCGUCUAGUGAAAGCUCAAGGGAUGAUAGACGAAGGCCUAGGCCUAGAAGUCUUUACGAGUUGGAUCGUGAAGAAUGUGACUCGGAAGGAGAUUUUGAAAGAUUCGGCGACAAGUCAUUGUCACCAGAGAAGAGUACCAAAAGCAAGUUAGGGAGAGUUAAUACGUUUCAUCUUGGUUCAAAGUCGAUGAUGUCGAUUGCUGUCACCCCAAAAAGAUCAAAUAGUACAAUGUUACGAUCCGCUACCAGUCAGUGGUCACUGACGUCACCAGUUGGAUACAGCCCAAGCAAGCCAUCUGCAUUGGUAAUUGAAGCCGAUGAGCUUGGUAAAAAACGGUACUUCCAUGUGCCUCCUGCUGUAGCAAGAAAAGGGACCUACGAGCAACAUGGAGUUAAGCUUCAUGUUUACAGUGGACACAUUUUCAUUGCCCAGCACUUCAACAAACCGCUGCCUCCAUGCGCUGUUUGCAGCCUUCCACUUGCAAGACGAAUGGGCAAGCAAGGGUACCAAUGCAGAGAUUGCAAGAUCAUAACACAUAAACGAUGUCACACAUUAAUCAACCAUGUCUGCGAAGAAAGCAGUUUUCCAGCUUUAAAUAUAGAAUAUCCUUGGAGUACAGACGUCUGAAAUUGUCAUCAUGAGAAUUUUGCCAUGGUGAUGUGGGAGGAUGGGUUGAACAUCCAAACCAAAUUUGACUCUCGCAGUAACUUUAUCAAAAUCAUGCAUAUCUUGGCAUACACUGAAUGGUAAUCAAAUAUGAGUGGAAAUAAGAGUUAAAGUAAUAUAUAUAUAUAAAUAUAAACUAGCAUUAUGUUUAAAGCUGUUAAUGGAAAAUAUUAGCCAAAAUUGGAUUAUUUCUUUUAGGUUGUUAGGUUAUUAGAAUUAUUUAGUUGUUGGUAAAACAUAGAUAUGGUUGCUCAUGAAAAAUUAUUUUCUUUAGUAGACAGCAAGUUCUUAAAUGCUUUUGAUGUGAGUCUUAUUGGCACUGGCACCAUUUAGCCUCCCGUUUGUUAACUGGGCUAUUAUAUGACGUACUUUAGGGAAUGUGAGCAGGCGCGACGUUGAUAAACAAAACAAGACUCUUUUUGAUAGAUAGGCUUGUUGUUGGUUGUUAAUCCUAAUUGCAAUUUUGGGAUUGUCAAAACCUAUAAUUUUCAUGCAAUGAGGUGAAGUAAGCUUUGUUUAGAUUAUUUUCUGCAAAUAUCUGGCGGUACAAUCUGCUUUAUUUAAACUGAAUUAUCAAUCAUAUCGUUUUGGUAUUUGGAUAUAUUUGCUGCAGACUGGCUAAAUGAGUCGUGGAUAACUUUAGUAAAUUGAAGUUGUUGUGGGUGUAUUUAAUACAAACUGUAGUUCGUAUGAAAAAAAACAUGUGAGGUGUAAGUAUUAGUUUUACGGUUGUAAUUGUAAAAUUGUGAUUGUGAGAUUGGUUUUCUGAGUAUUUACUGUGAAAGAUUGCAUUCAUAUCGUUUAGUUUAACCGUACCUAGAUUUGUCCCGGAGCUGGCACAGAACAUAACAUUACAACAGAUGUGUGAAAAUGGUAUUAUUAAAUUAUGGUAUAUUUGUUUUAUUUCUUUUGUUGCACGAUGCUCUCGUCGUUUGCAGAGGAAAGCAAUUUUUAAUUAUUUUUACAUUGCUACCUCGAUUGUUAACAGGUAACUGGCGCCCAACAUAGGAUUCUCCAUACAUUUCCAUCUUCCUGUAAGUGUAUAUCAAUCGCUUAAGAGGUUCUUAUAUACCAAAUGAGUUUUUCAUGCAUUAGGUCUGAUAACUUAACUGCUUGAUAGUUUGGAGAUUCGGAUAAUUAUGAUUGUUCAGUCCAACAUUUGAUAAUUAAUACUUUUCGAUAUUGGAAAAAAUUUGAUUUUUCUAAUCGUAUUCUGAAGUCUUUCUGAAUGUGGGACACCAUCACAUCACAUCUUGUCCCUGGACAAUAUUCAUAUACUGAAGUUAAAAUCUAGAAUUCCUAUCGUUAUAAACUUAGCUCAUCCACACUGCAAAGUAUAUGUUAUUUGAAUAACCUGACCUUGGUUUCGAGUACCGUCAUCAAACCAGCUUUCCUUCGCUGAAAUAGAUUUUUGUCAUCUUAAGGUAUUCCAGAACAAACCUGUAAACCUUAAAGAGCGUUUUUGUCGUAUAGCGUUCGUUAGGAUGAGAGAGAUGAGAGUUUGAUAAAAACAUUUACAGUAUGGUCAAGAAUUGCCAUUCAAGAAAUAUUUAAAUUCAUUGAUUCUUUUGACAGAGUCUUUUCUAGCUUGAAGUCCCCUUUGUAAGAGGGAGCUUUAGCAUAGAAGAAAAAUUUAUAAAAACGAAACUUCAAGAACUUGAAGAUUUUUAUGAAAGAACAGUAUUCGCGAAUGGAUGUGUCGACGCAAAGUAAAUCAGAAGGUGGAACUUAAGUCUGUGAAGAAUUAGUAGCCUUUUUCCGGAUUGUGCAUGGUAUGUGUAAUCUAUGAUAAAUUGAAUUUUGUUUUCAGAUCAACUCUAAGGAAUUGAUUUCCUGAUCAAAUAACGCCAUUCAGCUAACCAAUGUUUUCUGCAUUUUCAAUCCGAAAGGCUGCUCAAUGAGAGGAACAGGUGAUUCGGAGGCAGAUGUUUCAUCCCAUUCAUAGCGAAAAUACGGACUUGGAAAAUUUUUCUUGAACCAGCGCAUUAUUCAAUGAGGUAAUAAAAAGUUAUUUUGUUUGGGCAACCCAAUUUAUGGUUAAGUAGGGAUUUUUUAUUGAUGCUGCAGUGCAACAGGAGCACAUUUAAUAACAUUCGAUUUUCAGUCCUAAUUGGUGAUAUAAUUUUAAGUAUGAUUACAAGUAUUUGUUGCCGGCUCAGUGUCUUUGUUUUAAUUCUAAAAGGCCAUUCCAGGCCUUGCAUUUUACUACGAAAUUCAUCUAUCACUUUCCAUCAACUUUUCUGAAAGGUUCUUGUUCAUCUUCAGACUGUUCAUGGAGACGCUGUCACUGCCAAACAAAUCUUGACCAGCUCGCUAGAUACAGUGAAUGCAAAAACACAACGUCAUAAUCUUGAUUAUCCUAUAGAGUUGCUUGCUCAAUAGACUGUUGCCUAUACAGCAGAAUUCAGCACAGAUUUUUUGUUUUGUUCAUGAUCAA